CGGCAAUCAGCUGCUCGGCGUAUCAUUUACAAAUAAAUUGUUAGUAAGAGGUAUUGGCGUUGUGUUUGAUAAAAAGAAAUUAUUAAUUGAACUUGGUAGAAUGAAAUUUCGUUUUUGUGGCGAUGGCGAUUGUCCUGAUUGGGUGUUGGGCGAAAUUAUUUUUUCGCUGUCGGUAAUGGAGGCGGAAAAUUUGGAGUUGCUGGCUGAAUUGGUAGCCAAGAAGAUAUUGGGCGAAGAUUUCGAUGAAUCUCUUGUUAAAUCGCUUAUACCGCCUAUUUUACACGAUGGCAAAAGUGCCAUUGCUUGCAUACAUCUUCUAUUAAAUAAUGCGGCCCGUCACAGUGUUACGGAAUCGGUGUUCAAUGAAGAAAUACAACAAUUAGGUUUACCUAAGCAACAUGCAGAGGCGAUCUGUCGUGUUUUAUCGAAUCAUGCGACCGCAAUACGUCAACGCUUGAUAGAUAAGGCGUUUAGAAUUAAUGAGUUAUCCGCGGUGCAAUAUUUACCCUCUGUCGACGCAGGUAUUAACUGUAGUACAUUUGAAUUGAAAAUCUCUCAGGAAUUGGUUGACGGUUUAUCACAAAACAGCACACAUGUCAUCAAUAUUGAUAAUAGCCAGUUACGUGCGUUACUGGAGGAAUUAAAAUACGCUCGUGAUGUUAUGGCAAAAUACGAAAUACAAAAUAAAGGAUAAGACAGGAUUCUAUUAAUCCUGUUCUACAUAUAGGAUGGACGUGUGGCGCGAGCGUAAAAAUCAUGCUAAAGCCCUUCUAUUUCUUCUUCCAAGAGAUUUUCAGCAACCUGAUUUUUCUGAUUUUUUGCCCUGGUUUCAUCAAGCUUGCCGAAGUUAACCAUUCUUAACCAUGCAUCUCAAAAUGUAGUAAAAUAAUUUUGCUUACGUGUUUUACGGUAGUAUAAGUGAAGGUUUGUGUCUAUGAAAAUAACUUGCAUUAAGAAUAAUGUACGCUUGCCUUACUUUACGCGGGAUUGGCAUUUAGUAAAGACAAAAACCAAUGAGACUUAUGCGGACAUCUAGAUUUGUUUUAUUAUUAAUAGGUGGCCGUGUUCGGUAGUCAGAAAGGCAUUAAAUGUGUGACCUCAUAAAAUCUUUUCUUAGUUAUAAUUUACGAAUAAGGAUGAAUAGUAAUAGAGUUCACAUUCAUUACUGUUACUAGUUAGAGGGAAACCAAGCAGCAACAUUAUAGUCGUCCAAGACACAAAGACUUCACUUCAAUGGCUUUAAUCAUAAAAACUACAAAUAAAAUUAAAUAAAU